AUUGUCUCAGGUUUCUUUGAAACACUCAGCGCUCCGCAUCUUUUUCAUCUCGUUAACAGAUUUGACAACUUGUCAACAAAAUGGAUGAAUCUGACACAGAUGCUGAAGAUUUGGGUGGCAUGUUAAGAACUCUACUCACUGGUUUGUUGACCCAAAAUAAUGAUCAGAAGCAUCUGCUUAACAAGCUUAGAGGGCUGGUUAAAAACAUCGGAUGGAAACCAACGGAUGCUUCUGAGUUGUUCGAUGCCCUCUUGAAACGAUUCCGGUCGACAACGAAUGACCGCUCUCAUCUCCACUCAUGGAUGAUGGAAAUGUUGCACUGCAUCGAGAGUAACUACAUCACUCCCACUUGGCGAAAGGAAAAGACGCUAAUUGAACUGGUUCGAGAUGAGAAUGUAACAGAAGAAGAACUCAAAAAAUGUCUCACAAAGGAAGAAGAAAAAACACUGGAAGAAAUUCUUCAGGAAAUCCGCCAGCAAAAGUUGAACCAAAUUGACGAAAAUCUUUUAUGUGAGGUGGAAGACAUUGUAUCAUCAGUUUAUCACAAUCUUACCUUAGGCAAGUAUGCGUUGCAGCAGACUGGCUUGAAAAAAGAUCUGCUGAGGCUCUGUCAGGCAGCAGAAAAAAUGAAAUUCAGACCCAGACUGACACAGAUGGUGAGCUUGUGUAUAAUGGCUCUUUCAAAAACAGGGCGGUUAAUUCAGGUUGGCACUGGAGAGGGAAAGUCGUGUAUCGUGGCGAUGUUUGCUGCUUUUCGAGCCUUGAGAGGGGAAAAGGUAGACAUCAUGUCCAGCUCGUCAGUUCUUGCAGAAAGAGAUUUAAAUGAAUGGAAAGAUUUUUACAAGGAAUUGAAUGUCAGGGUCGACUGCAUCUGCAACAAACAAGAGGAAGCGUUAAAAAAGUGCUUUGAGUGUCAGGUUGUUUAUGGUACAGUGGAGGACUUUGCCGGAGACUGGCUUAGGCACAACUUUCAAAGGAAGGACAUAUUUGGCCAACGGAAAUUUGAAUGCGCAAUCGUGGAUGAAGUAGAUUCUUUGAUGCUGGAUAAAGGUCUUCAUGUGGUCUAUCUAAGUAGUGAGAUGCCUGCUUUGCAACACCUCAGGCCACUCUUGGCAUUCAUUUGGACCACUGUUAAUCGGUACAGUAAGAUUGGUAGAGAAACAUCUGUAAGGAGUAGCAUUUUACGGAAAGUUGCAGAAGAAAUAAAGCAUUCUGUACGUUAUACACCAUGUGAUCUGAGCCAAGAUAAACGUAUUUGCUAUGUUCCAGGCUUCCUCUCAGAUUUGGUCGAAUCUAAACUUGAGGUUUGGAUUAAAAAUGCAUUCUUUGCCCAAACCAUGUCAACAGAUCAUGAGUAUGUUAUCGAGAGACAUGGGGUAGUGCCUGUCGACUACAGCUGCACAGGUGUCGUUCAAAACAACAUGAAAUGGACGGAUGGGGUUCAGCAGUUUCUUGAGAUGAAACACGGGUCCAAGCUGAGCGACAUGACAGCCAUCACAAACUACAUGUCCAACGUCGGCAUGCUUCAAAAGUACGGAGAUCAGAUCUUUGGAAUCUCCGGGACUCUUGGCCAACAAACAGAAACUGAAACCUUGCAGAAAAUCUACAAAGGAAUCCAGACCUGUCAGAUACCGUCAUUCAAGCGCAGAAAGCUGUUUGAGGUUGACGGAGUGAUUGUAGAAAAUGAUAACAAAUGGAUUGAGAAAAUAUGUGAUGUUGUCACUACACAAACCAGUCCUACACCAUUCAGGGGUCAGAGAGCGGUCUUGGUCAUCUGUGAGACCAUCAGUCGUGCAAAGGUUCUCCACCAUGCCCUAGGAGACAAAGUCCCUAACAAAGAGCUUUAUAUAAGCAACAACAUGGACAACACUGCCAUUUUUGCUCAUAAGCUUGAAGCAGGAGAAGUCAUCAUAGCAACUAAUCUUGCAGGUCGGGGAACAGAUCUUAAGGUCUCUGAACCAGUAAAUACAGCUGGAGGACUGUUUGUCUUGCAGACCUUCCUGCCAAAAAAUGCCCGUGUUGAGGCCCAGGCAUUUGGCCGCACAGCUCGACAAGGAGCUCCUGGAUCUGCUCAACUCAUCGUCUGCUCCAACCAUCUGUCAGAACCACUCCAGUUGCUCUUUUUGAAAAAGAAACUUGAGUCUUUACUGAGGAAUAUAAGAGAUGCCACUACAAUGCUUGAGGGUAAUUCAUCAAGGCUUUUAAGAUUCAAUCAAAGCGGUAUUGGUGGUGGUCAAAUUAUGUCUUCAAUGCUGUCCGAUAUUUUGUCUGAAAACUCCAAUUCAGUAAUGAAGACAGUUAAAAAGAUGAGAGAUGAUUCAGUAGCUGAAGAACUAGCUAGCUUCUUGGAGAAUGACAUCCCACAGAUAAGGAAGAAGGAAGAGCUCUUCAACCAGUAUCUGGGGAUACUUGAAGAAGUGUACAAAAGCCAGGACGACAAACCAGAAGACUCAUAUGUGUCUGCACUGAAUGAAUUCUGGGGAAUGUGGCGACUCACAAACUUAAAGUCCAGUGAGUCCAUUGAAGACCUAAAAGACAAAUUAAAGCAAGACCUGGAAAAAGCCAGGCAAAAGCUCAACCAGGGAGAAUCACCUUUGUCAAACCUGCACCACUACACUGCAGCUGGAAAUGAGCUGCGUGAAAAGGGACAUCUUGCGGAGUGUAUCCAGUUGUACACAAAGGCCAUCGAGACGGAUCGAUGUUGGGCGGCAGUUGCAUAUUACAACCGAGCUUUCGCAUCUUUAGCUCUACAGAACGGUCAUCAGGAUCCAAAAUGCAUCAACCAAGCUCUGGAAGAUUUGAAGAAUGCACUGAAGUCUGUAGAGCUUUACUGUGAGCAAAGUGAGGUCACGUGUAGAUACUCAAGGCAACCAAUCAUGGACCUCAGCGGUGAUUUAGAAACAAGAUCUGACAGUCACAUGCUAGCCAGAAAAGAAGCGUUGAUGUUUUUCAAAGCACACAUCUACAAGGCCAUCGAGAAGGUAGACAGAGCCAGUGGCUUAGGUGGGGCUGUUAAAGUGAAGGAGAGUCUACUCUUCUUCCUGGUUCCACUUGUCCAUUUUCUUCCCUUGUUAAUACUUGUAACCGGAUCACUGACUCAAAUCCGCUCCAGAGACCCUCUGGAGAUUCAACAGCUCCUCAGUCAUCCUUCCUUUGACAUUUUCCAUGAACUCAGGUGUCUUGAAUCUCUGGGCCUGACUCAUAUCUAUACUUUAGACACACUGUUUUCUCUGGGUGGGUUUUUCUCAAAGUUAAAAAGGCAAAUAUUUUCUAACUCCUGAUAGAUGGCAGGACAUUUAGAUUUUCAGCCAAAAAAAUCAAGCCAACCAACCCAGCAAACAAUGGAUUUGUGGAAGUGGAAGUGGGAGUGUGUUGUCAACCACAAACUUUAUAAUGAACUUAAAAACAACGCCCAGCUCCAGCUUGCUGUGGGUUUUUAAGUUAACCUCUUUCUUUCCUCAUCAGACUUCUGGAAAUGUAUCUGUCUUCAUAAACCAUGUGAUCCCAAAGGAACUGAAACUCAGAGGAAGAAUAAACCCUGGCCUUCAUGUAUUUAUUUUAAAUGUUUAUCCGCACAGAUUUCUGUUCUGUUUUAUGGUAAAUAUAACAUGGUAUGUAUAAUAAAUGAUGGUGUUGAUUCAAAUAACCAAUUUCUAAUCAAAUAUAUUUAGCAAACAUCUGUUUUUAUUGUACUCUUUACAUAUAUCUCUGCAUUGAGCAACGUUAACUUUUAUUUUUGGUCCAUAUUCUCUGUUACCUCUUUGUUCUACAUUUUGGUUUUGAGAUUCUUUAGUUAAUUCAUCAUUUAUAUUAAUUUUUUUUUUCUCCAUAAUUUAUAUUCCUUCAAAUGACAGAGAGAAAGCAUUGUCGUGAUCCUGACUAUUCUUUCAUUUUGUAUGUGACAUUUUAAUAUUUGGAAAAGCACCAAAAACACCAAUACGUGUAUUUUCAUUGUAAUUGUUGAUCUAAAAAAAAGUUGCAUUUUUGUGAAAUUUCAAAAUCACUUUGUGCAAUUAAACUCAAGCUACCAUCUUAA